UCUCCAGAAUCACUCAAACAAUCCAUCGAUUCUCUUAUUAAGGAAGCUCGUAUGGAGCUGUCCCAAUACGACUCCAUCAUUCACGAUUUGAUUUCAACUGUAAAGGAGGCCGAAUCUCAACGUAACAAGGUCCGCGAAUUUAUCAACGCCCAUGUGUCACUUAAUCCGCCCGUCCACGCUCUUCCUCCAGAAAUUUCGAACAAAAUAUUCCUCUUCUCGUGCACGAGCCCGUAUAGGGUCUUUGGAUCUUGCAAUUGUGAGCCCCGAGUGAUAGGGGGAGUUUGUCGCCGAUGGCGCGACAUUGCUUAG